AUGAUGUCAUCACAAACAGCCAAAUUCAUAUUUCCCCGAACCCUGGGUGGUCAACACAAAAUCAUCGCGCCAAAACCGUCUAAUCCCAAUCAGACGCAGGAUACAGAGCGAUGUAUAUACGUGGUUCAAGAAUACAACUGUCCGCACCACCCCUCCCUAAACACUCCCCACAUCUUCCACCGGACCCCCUGUCCCCAAGCCCUCCUCCCCUACGCCUCUCAAACCGAUUGUGAAAACUAUCCCAACCACGAAGACGAACUCGUGCAAGUAUCUCGCUACGUUCUCGAGCGCGGCUGCAUGGAAUGCAAAACUUCCGCGCGCAGACGUCGUCAUGAAGAAGCAGCCACGCAUCCUGAGAUUCACAGACGCAUGCAGGAAUUAGGAUUGGGACAGGAAGAAAUCGAUCAUUUUGAAAAGGUGACGAGUAGUUUUUCGGCGAGUAGGAGAGUUUUGGAGUUGGUGAGAGCGAGGGAGAGAAAUGAGAGAUUGAGGAGAGAAGAAGCUCGUGGGGUAUUGUGCAUAGAGGAUGGAAAGGAUGAGACACAGAGCGAAGGUGAAGUAAAGCAGGAAUCAAAGCUCCCUUCUGAGAUGGAUAACCUCGAAGUUAUCACGACUGCGACUCAUGCAUCUUCAGUUGAGGGCCCUAUCGUCGAACAAAACGACAGUGCAGAAAAAGAGCACAAAACUGCACAGCCCCAAUCAAUGGCUAAGAAGGUCGAGAUUCCACGACCCGGAGAAAUCGACGCGAAAAAGAACACCCCUCAACCUUCAGCUGCGUCCACCAAUCUUGAAAGUCCCCCAUCUAGCAUGGCACCCCAAGCCAUCCAAAAAGACGAACCCACACAUCCCCAACCUCGCAGCCCAAGCCCAAGCCCAUCCGCUAAACAAACCACCACCCAAGCAUCCCCCAAGCUCAAGAACUUACCCUCUAACCUCACCCCAGAGGACGAAAUCCCCCUCGUCAACCCUUCAAAUCUACAAUCCAGCGCCCCAGUAGCAAGCGAGCAUCUCAAACAACCUCAAGCUACAGAUAACAAGCUUCCAGGCACCCCCCCAACUUCCAGCCACUCCCCCGAAAAACUAACCGACAACAUCCACCUCGAUAUCGACGCCGAAUGGGAAACAGAUGAGGAGCCCGAGCGAGUCUUUGGAGAAGUGGCGCUUGCGCCUUCGUUUGGAUGUCAGACGGGAGAUGAGUGGAUUGUGGUUGGGAGUUGGGAGCAGUGA